UUUACUUUAUCCAUUACACAUGACUUCAACAGAGGUUGCAAAACACAAUUCAUCGUCGCCAGUUGUCUAUACAUUGUCUGUCAUCACAAAAAGAGUUUCCACAUGCUCAUCGACUUCACAGGAAUACUA